AGUUCUUACAACUAUUUAAGCUAAAGACAAAAAAUAUUACACUUUCCAUAAUUAGCAUGCAUGAAGCGCACACUAGAUUCACAAAGCACCUGAAUUACACCUGAACUAGCAACUACUCUCUCUCUUGUCGCGCAACUGAAAUCCCAUAGCAAAGUUUAAUUUCUGGAGUUUUUGCUGCUGCGGAAGAAUUAACAAAUGCGAUAUCAAUCAAAACCCAAUCUUUCUGUAAUUUCUGAUACCAGAAAAUCCAUGCUUUUUCUUUACUUAUUUAUGUUAUUCUUCAUCCUUUGCACAUUUUUCAUUCUCUUCAUUCCUUCAUCUUCAUCUUCUCCUUUGCUUCUUAAAAACAUUGUUAACUUCAAAGAUCGCUUUUUUCUUUCUUCUAAUGGUUCUCAUUUCUCUUCUUUUUUCUCUCAUUUCUUCCCCAAUUCUUCAUCUUCUGAUGUUUUGUUAAAUUCAAGCUUACCCAUCUCUCCAAAUUCCACUUUUCAAUUAGGGUUUAAUGUAUCAUCAUCUAAUAAUUCUAGUAAAAAUGAUUCUAUUUUGAGUAAUUCUUCAUCAGUUGAAGAAAAAUCGGAGAAUAAUUUGUCAAAUUCAAGCUUACCCAUCUCUCCAAAUUCUACUUUUCAAUUAGGGUUUAAUGUAUCAUCACCAUCAUCUAAUAAUUCUAUUUUGGGUAAUUCUUCAAAAGUUGAAGAAUAUUCAGAGCAUAAUACAUUGAUUUCUGAAACCCAGAAUUCUCAUGAGGUUAAAGUGAAUAGUACAAUGACAAAUUUGCCCUCUCAAUCAAAAUCUUAUAACAUUAAAGGGAACAACAAAAGUGAUGAAUUUUAUGAGUCAAUGGUUUAUUGUGAUCUGUUUGAUGGGAAAUGGGUUAAAGAUGAUUCUUACCCAAUUUAUGAACCUGGGUCUUGCCCUUAUAUUGAUGAACCCUUUAAUUGUUAUCUUAAUGGUAGGCCUGAUAAUGCAUAUGAAAAGUAUAGAUGGCAGCCUCAUGGGUGCAACAUUCCUAGAUUGAAUGGCACACAUAUGUUGGGAUUGUUGACAGGGAAGCGUAUGGUGUUUGUUGGUGAUUCUUUGAAUAGGAAUAUGUGGGAAUCUCUUGUAUGUUUACUAAGAAAUUCAGUGGAAAACAAAACCAGGGUUUAUGAAGUAUCUGGAAGAGAAGAAUUUCGCACUGAGGGUUCUUAUGCCUUUAUAUUCGAAGAUUACAACUGCUCUGUGGAGUUCUUUAGGUCCCCAUUCUUGGUUAGAGAAUGGGAAAUACCUGAUGAAAAUGGGUUGAAGAAGGAGACACUGAGGCUUGAUUUAGUUGAAAGCUCAUCUGAAAAAUAUAAAGAUGCAGAUUUUCUAAUCUUCAACACUGGACAUUGGUGGAGUCAUGAAAAAACGUCAAGGGGGGAGAGUUACUAUCAAGAAGGUAGCCAUGUCUAUACUCAAUUAGAGGUCAAUGAGGCGAUUCGUCGAGCAGUGACAACCUGGGGAAGAUGGCUGGAUGCUAAUGUGAAUCCCACGAAAACACAAGUUUUUUUCAGGGGAUAUUCUAAUUCUCAUUUUGGAGGUGGAAAGUGGAAUGCUGGUGGAAAGUGUGAUAUGUAUACUGAGCCAAUCAAGAAUGAUACAGAUUUACCAGAGCAACCUCCUAUGAUCAAAGUAGUGGAGAAUGUGAUCAAAUGGACAAAAGUACCAGUUUAUUAUCUUAACAUCACAACACUAACUGACUACCGAAAAGAUGCUCAUCCUGCAGCUUAUAGAACACAACAGGAGAGGCGUGCGCCUUCAAGAUACCAAGAUUGUGCGCAUUGGUGCCUUCCCGGUGUUCCUGAUACAUGGAAUGAACUUGUUUAUUCUCAAAUUUUGAUUAGACUUCACCAGAAGCAAAAACUACAGUAAGGAGAAACUUAAUUUAAAUGAUAAUGUGAAUAAAUAGUUCUUGCUUCACUCACUAGAUGGUCUGUGUUCAUAGUUUCUGAAAAGGCCUUUUUUGGAUAGCGAUGACAAAUUUAUUGUAUUUUAUAGAUAGAAUGAGUAAAAAAAAGGAUAGGGAUCAGCAAGUAUCAGUGUAGGGUGCGCGUAUAAGUUGUAACUAGAAUGCAUAGUUUCAUUUUCUUGCAUUUCAAAGGUUUUUUUUUUGACUUGCAUGUUACCACUCUAUGUGAGUUCCAUCACAUCCUUGUGAUCCACAAAAGUUGGCAUUAUUUUUGUAGUAAGUUAUGUUUGUUACUUUGAUUUUGCAAAAUAGACAUUAUUUUGUAAUAAGUUAUGUUAUUACUAUGAUUUUGCAAAUUUAUACGGAUUAUCAUGAUCAGUUUUCAA